UCUAUUCAAUACACAAACAAGAAUCAAGGUAUUAAUUAAGUAUGAAAUUUCACAAGAUCUAAAAUUAUCAAGAAAGUGCUCAAAAUUUAAGUUAUCAUUGCAAUUUUGGAGUUUCAUCUUUAAUUGAAAGUGUGAUGCAAAAUUCACAGAAUAUUGACAUGUCUCAAGAUAACCAAAUGCCACUUAAGCCUGGUGUCUGGUUGAGAAGAAGAAUUGUAAAAGUUACUUAUCCUGACGAAAGAAUGGGACCCAUACAAGAUGGGCCUGGUCCAUUCCUGGGAGGGGAAGCAGAAAACAAACUUCGUUUCUGUGGCACGAACGAAGUCAAUGUUGCUAAUGCAGAAACAAUUGCAAGAAUGGCCAUAGGUCUAAAAAAAAAGCUGCGGCUCAUUCAGGAGAGAUUACAUGGUGGCUUUGAUCAACUUGAGCCUUUUGAUUCAAAUAUAAACACGUUGAAGGUUUUGGCACCAGGGCAAACUAAGAUGUCUAAAAAUCAAGGGACAGAAAACAAGAAGCCACAAACUGGUGUAGAUGUGAGGCCAAAAACAAACCAAUGGAGAGGAAACCAGGGGCCACAAACUUGUGUUGAUGUGAGGCCAAUAUCAAACCCAUGGACAGGAAACCAGGGGCCACAAACUUGUGGUGAUGUGAGGCCAAUACCAAACCCAUGGACAGGAAACCAGGGGCCACAAACUUGUGUUGAUGUGAGGCCAUUACCAAACCCAUGGACAGGAAACCAGGGGCCACAAACUUGUGUUGAUGUGAGGCCAAUAUCAAACCCAUGGACAGGAAACCAGGGGCCACAAACUUGUGUUGAUGUGAGGCCAAUAUCAAACCCAUGGACAGGAAACCAGGGGCCACAAACUUGUGGUGAUGUGAGGCCAAUACCAAACCCAUGGACAGGAAACCAGGGGCCACAAACUUGUGUUGAUGUGAGGCCAUUACCAAACCCAUGGACAGGAAACCAGGGGCCACAAACUUGUGUUGAUGUGAGGCCAUUACCAAACCCAUGGACAGGAAACCAGAGGCCACACACUUGUGUUGAUGUGAGGCCAUUACCAAACCCAUGGACAGGAAACCAGAGGAAACCAGACUUAUAACCUUCAAAGGUCCUAAAUAGUUGCAGGUCUCAGUAUCACAAUGUUUGCACUAAGUGGAAAAUGUACACAUAAAAGUGGUUUUUCUAAAAUCUUCAGUAAAAGACAUUGUUUCUACUUUAUAUCUUUAAUUUCCAAACUUUGCAUACAUUCAAAUCACGAUUAAAAAGUUUAAAAUUCACUUCAA